AUGGGAGGGAAAAAGUUGAAGGAACGGCGCGCGGUUUGGUCUGAAUAGUGGUAACUAUGCCUUUAAAGCUUUCGCAUCUGGGUGCAAGGCAAAUGCAGAAAGCGGAGGGGAGCAAAUACAGUAUAGGACUGGGGCGUAUUAGAUACAAUAACCCUGGUGGCGCCAAAUGUUUAAACGGAGCGGCGAGAUGCCUCCGCCCUUCUCUCAAGAGCCAAUUGGAAGCAAGAUGGCGAAGAAUGGGGAGGAGCCCAAUCCGAAUGAUGGAGCGCGGGGAGAAUUCUCAAGUUGGAAGCGAAGGAGGAAGUUUGGCGGUGGGUGUUGAGGGCUGCUCGUCCGAAGUAGAAUGCUAAAAAUGGUAUCCCAGCAUAUAAACCAACAUAAUGUGUAAUUAAACAAAUGUAUAUAAAGCUGAAGCUAAUAGUGACAAUAUGAAUAAAGAGAACAAGGAAAAUCAAUGUUUUGAAAUGCGUGAAAGCCCAGUCAAAACACCUCUAAAACAAAAGGCUGCCCCCAAUUUGCUUUUGGCAGAGAUCCAGCCUGCUGCUUCUGACUAUCUGACCACACCACCAAAGCCCAAUGAAAGUACUUCUGGUGAUCCAUGGACCCCAACAGCUAACCUUAGAAUGCUGAUUAGUGCAGCUAGUCCUGAAAUUAGAAAUCGAGAACAGGAAAAAAAAUGGUCCGAUAAUAAAAGUGAAGGCCUUGAGCAUCAUUUGUCAGGAGAAGAAUAUGAAAAGUCUCAACCAAGCCGUAAAGAGAAAAGCCUUGGAUUGCUAUGUCAUAAAUUCUUAGCUCGCUAUUCCAGUUACCCCAAUUUUUCUAAAAACAAUGAAAUAUGUCUUGAUCAGGUAGCAGAAGAUCUAAAUAUUGAGCGCAGGCGAAUCUAUGACAUAAUGAAUGUAUUAGAAAGUCUUCACAUGGUGAGCCGAUUUGCCAAAAACAGGUAUUCCUGGCAUGGGCGUCAUAAUCUUAAAAAAACACUGCAGGCUUUGAAAAAAGUAGCUGAGGAAAGCAAGUACUCGGAACAAAUCAAACUGACUAAAAAAGGAAAAAAUGGGCAAGAGGAUGAAAACACUGGCCAGAAUAUUGAAUGGAUGCCAAAGCACGCUAGGUCAAAUUAUCAUACAGAUUUUGUGGAACUACCUGGGAUGGAACUUCAAGCAGCUUCAGUAAAUAGUCGUAAAGACAAGUCUUUAAGAGUGAUGAGCCAGAAAUUUGUAAUGUUGUUUCUUGUGUCAUAUCCCCAAGUUGUGAGCCUUGAAGUUGCUGCUAAAAGUUUGAUUGGCGAAGACCAUUGUGAAUCACUGGAUAAAAGCAAGUUUAAAACUAAAAUUCGAAGACUAUAUGAUAUUGCUAAUGUUCUCAGUAGCCUUGAGCUCAUCAAGAAGGUUCAUAUUGUAGAAGAGAAAGGCCGCAGACCAGCAUUUAAAUGGAUAGGACCAAAUGUUUUUUCUGAUAUUAAAGAUUGUAUUAUAGAUACCCAGCCAAAAUUGGAUGCAAUGCCACUUGCUGUGGAAGAUAAAUCUUUUAAAGAGCGUUGUUCUAAGAAUCUCUUCCCUAAUAAUAGCAAACAAUUUUUCACACGGCAUCCGUCUUUGAUAAAACUGGCAAAGAGUAAAGAAAAUGAUCUGAGAAAGAGUCAUUCAGCUCCAGGCAGCCCUGUCAAAAAACAUUCAGACUCAAAUCGUUCAACUUUUCCAAGCAAGAUGGCUCAACUUGCAGCAAUAUGCAAGCAACAAUUAGAUGAACAAUCAAGGGAAUGUGAAAAGGUAAAAAAGAAAUUGGAAGACACUUCGCCUUCUGAAUCUUGUCGGAGGCCCAAAGCAGUCUUGUUACCUUCUCAAACUGCAAUCUUAUCCCCGACCUCCAACUCAAUACUUCCCCCUGUCCUUUCUACUCUGCCACCUACAGCAUAUCUGAAUCCGUCUCAAGUACAGAUAGUGACCACAUAUCCAAGUUACAUGGUAUAUCCUGUUUCUGCUACUAAUGUGACCAAAAUUAAGACUCCUGUGGAAACUCUCACUGAAACAUUUACUAAAGACAAUUUUAAUGAUUGGAAAAAAGCUGAAGAGCUGCAACUCUGGCUAACUAAGGAACCCAGUGGAACAACAGAUGAUUUGAUAUCUGGGAAAUGUUUUAAAAGAUCUAACCUUCUACUAGAAGAUAGUCCAAUUAAAAAAUAUAAGAGUGAAAAGAUGGAACUUCAAGAUUCACUACCGGAUAUCAAGGUCCCCAGUGACGUUGCUGUGUCCAGUAAGAAGAAAGCAGAGUUUUUUUCAGUGGAAAAGAAAUCCUACAGUUCUUCCAAUCUAGGUCAAAUUCCAGUGACAUCUAAUUUCCCUACUUUUCAUAUAACACCUCUUAACCUAAUGGUACCACCACCUUCUGUAGCAACCACAUCCUCAGGGAACGGUACUGUUGCGUCAGUCCAGGUUAACCCUACCCCGCCUCAGAGCACCUUAGUUCUGAACAUUAUGCUACAACAGUUAGGAAUGAUGCCAGCCAAUGUACAGAUGUCUACAGAUCACCUACAUCAAUCCGCUUUCAUCUGUCAAGGAGCAGAACAUGUUAGUCCUGUCCCAGUAAGUGUAGGAUUGCAGCAAGCGACUGUAUCACAGAACGUCUUACUAAGGGAUUACCAAGAUUUACAUGAAAAAUUGGUUCCAACCACUCCUCAGGAGACCAGUGUUCCUGUGACAUUCAUCGAUUCUAAGAAAGGAAAUGAAACGUCAAGUGAUCGAAGCCAAGAUCCUGGCUCUCAUUGAUCCUUUUGUGAAUCAGAAGGAAUUUUCCCAAAGACAUUGCUAAUUCUAAAGAAAAUUUGGUAGAUUAACAGAACAUACAUUUUCUCAAAGAAAAUGCUGUAUCCCCACCUGCAACAAAUAUAAUUACAAUACUUUGUUUCUGUCACAUUAAAAUUGUUCUUUGAAAUUAUUUUUAGGCAUAGGGAUGGUUUUUUUCCCAUGCUGGAUUUUGUUUUACUUUUAUCUACAGUCAUUUAUUGAGCUACUCUUUUUUUGAAUGAAGGAUCAUUCAUCAAUAUUUUUACAAAAGUCAUUUAGAAUUUCAUUGUCUAUCUAACUAUAACUUUAUGAUGUAUAAAGCUAAUAAUACACAAAGAGUACAUUCCAAGUACAAGCCUAGAGUGUUUUUAAAAAUAUAGAAGCUCUAGUUCUAAAUGCCACAGUAAUUCUUCGUUGUAAGUCUGAUAUUUUAUCAUGUCAAUGUAAAUUAAAUGCAAUAUAUAAUUUAAUGCUUAUUUAAUCUAUUUUAAAUUAAUAAUUGGAAUUUAUUUUUUUAAGUUUCUGUGAUAAAUGUUCAAAUGAUUUCAUAAUCAAUAUCUUAUGUCUUGUUUGUUGUAAUACUCCCCAAAUUUUGUUUCUAGGUACAAAUAUUGUACCGUAUUUUCCGGUGUAUAAGACGACUUUCUAAACUCUGAAAAUCUUCUCAAAAGUCAGGGGUCGUCUUAUACGCAGGAAUAUACGGGUAGCUGUUCUCUGAAUUUAAAACCAA